AUAAUAACAAAGUGUAGCUAGUUUCCUCUGAUUGCUAGGAUUGAAAUUGUUAUGAGUAUUUUACUAUGCAUAGAUGGAUAGAAAUUAGUUCAGUGAAAUGAAGUGUAAGUUAAGAAAAAAGUAUGCUAAUUAUUUGAGCAUACAAAUGAUCAAUGGUCUUGGUCCACAUGUUGUGAGCGGCGGCUUCUUAUUCUGAAUUUUACGGCCAUGGAAUUCGUUGCUCCCAAUUUAAGGAAAAAGUGAAAAAAGUUAUGAUAUGGCUUCUUCUCUGGUUCCCCUUGAUUUAUCUAGGACUAAAGAUAUGGAAAAUCAGAUACAAGGAGAUGACGUACCAGAUGAAGGCCUCAACUGCAACAACAAUCCACAACGUCAUUGAUACUUUAUUCUUCUCCGAUUCUAGGGAAGUGUUCGGUGGUGGCGCUUCAUUAAUUAUUAUUAGA